AUCUGGAAUUCAUAUCUCGACCGUCUUCCUCACUUCCUCUCAAAACCUAGAACUCCAAAGCACAUCGCCGUCUCUCCGAAGCACAUCGCUGGCUCAGUCUCUCCUCGACGAUCGACGGUCGCUAUUUCUCUUUCUCUCUCCACUGCUCCAAUCUGCACCCUCUCUCUCAUCGUAACCCGGGAAAUGACCGCAUCUUCCGAAGCAUCUAAUCCAAUGUCUGAAAUGGAGAAAUCAUUGAAGCGUUUUUCAAAUGAUGUUCCACAUAAUGUUGAAGAAGAUGAAGAUGUUGAAGGACCAAGAAAAAGGACGCACUUUCUUAGGCCUAUGGAUAAGUUUGCUUCUACAAUCACUCCCGAUUCUUCGAUAGAUGGAAGCAAGAAGAUGAGACAACAAAACAUCAAUGAUGGCAUUUGGAAGGAAAGAACACAUGGUGUGCAUCAAAAUUUGGCUCGGUGGGUGUAUGAAACCGGCAUUCCUUUUCAUACCAUCGACAAUGAUUGCUUCAAAAAAUUUGUAGAAGCGGUUGGUCAAUUUGGACCAGGUUACCGACCUCCAAGCCAAUACCAAUUAAGGGAGCCAUUGUUGAAGGAAGAGAUUGAGAGGACUAGACAAUCACUCAAGAAGCAAGAAGAAGAGUGGGCUUUGAAUGGUUGCUCAAUUAUGAUCGAUGUUUGGACCGACCGAAAGAGAAGUAUAAUGAAUUUAUGUGUCAAUUGCAAGAAAGGCACAACUUUUCUUUCUUCUAAGGAAGACUCGGCGGAAGCACACACCGGGUUGUAUAUCUAUGAAUAUGUUGACAAGUACAUUAAAAAAGUUGGGCCACAAAAUGUAGUUCAAGUAGUGACGGACAAUGCUUCUAACAAUAUGGCGGGGGAUUUGUUGAAGUUGAAGAGACCAAACAUAUUUUGGACUUCAUGUGCCACUCACACAUUGAACCUAAUGUUUCAAGGAAUUGGUAACCAACCUAGAUUCAAGAGAGUGAUUGAGAAGGCAAAGGCCUUCACUAUCUUCAUUUAUGCACAUCACAAGACAUUGGCGUUGAUGAGGAAGUUCACAAAGAAAAGAGACAUAGUGAGACCGGGAGUCACUAGAUUUGCAACUUCUUUCCUAAGUUUGCAAAGCUUGGUGGAGAAAAAAUGGGAGUUAAGGGCUAUGGUUGUUAGUGAUGAAUGGGAUGAUUGUAAACAUUCCAUGAGUAUGAAGGGGAAAACAGCAUAUGCCACUAUAUUGAGUGCCUCUUUUUGGAAUGGGGUAACACUUUACUUGAAAGUAGUUGCUCCUUUAGUUAAGGUGUUUCGGCUUGUUUAUGGGGAUAAAAAGCCAUCAAUGGGCUUUGUAUAUGGAGAGCUACUUAAAGCAAAGGAAGAGAUUAAAGAGGCAUUCAAAAAUCAAGAGGUCAACUAUCGUCCAAUCCUUGAAAUUAUUGAUGAUAAAGCACGUGAUCGACUUGAUAGUCCAUUACAUUUGGUGGCUUACCUCUUGAACCCUUAUUACACCUACAAAGAUCAAAGCAUACAAAAUAAUGAAGUUGUCAUGGAUGCAUUCUUUACUUGUGUUGAGAAGUUCUUUCCCGAUAACAUUGAGACCCAAAGUGUUGUGACAAAUAUAGAGUUGGGGAAGUAUAUGAACAAAAAUGGUGGAUUUGGAAGAGUUUUGGCUAAGGUGGGAUGUGCUAACAAUGAUGACAAUUAUGAUCCGGUUGGAUGGUGGUCCAAUUAUGGAAAUGAUGUACCCAAAUUACAAAGAAUGGCUAUAAAGAUACUCUCAUUGACUACAAGUUCAUCUGGGUGUGAGAGAAAUUGGAGCACUUUUGAGGGGAUCCAUACAAAGAAAAUGAAUAGACUAGAUACAACAAGGUUGAGCAAUUUAAUCUAUGUUCAAUUCAAUGCCAAGAUCAUCAACAAAAAGAGAAGGGAGAAAGAGAGGAGAGUUGAUGUACUACUUGCUAAUGAAGCUAGUAUGGCUCAAGGAUGGAUUGUUGAUGGUGGUGAUGAAAAAGUUGAGUUGGGUGAAAUGGUUAGAGAGGCAUCAGGAGUGGAUAAUGUCUUAGAGCUUAGGAGAGGUUCUAGAAAUGUGGAAGUAAGAGAACUUUAUGAAGAAAAUUUUGUAUCGGAUGAGAACACGGAAGAGGAGGGAGAUGAGGAGGCUUAUAAGUUUGAGUCCGAUAUGGAGUGAGUCUUGGAAGGAUAUAGAGAAGAAGAGUU